AGAAAAAGUAAUUAAUUAAAAGUUUUGACUUCAUAUAUAUUAAUUAGAUUAGAUGCAAAUCAAAUCAAAUCAAUUCAUUUUUGCAAUCCCAUCGCAAUGUCUUCUCCAAAUGCCACGGAGUUGAACCUAUUUCAACGCUUGCCUCUUGGGAUUAUAUGGAAAUCAUCUGUAGCUAUUGCAGGCCUAGUAUUCUUCUACGCAUUCUUGUUUAGCCACAAUCUUGAUAACCAAUCAUCAGACUCAUUUGUAACGCUUCAACUUAAACGCCCAGCUUCAUCACCUAAUGUUACCAUCCAUUCUCCUACCAAUAUUAGCCACAUUGGAUUCAUAGUUAUAAGCUCAUUGAACUCCUGGAAGAAUAGAAAUCCAUAUAUUCUAUCAUGGUGGCGGCCAAAUGUAACUAGAGGAUGUAUCUUCUUAGACAAAGAACCCACACAAGAAUACCUACCUUGGCCUUCAACUUCUCCUCCUUACAGAGUCAAUGAAGACGUCACCAAAUUAAGUGUCUAUCCUAAGCUUGUAAGCCCUGACCAAGUUCGAAUGUUUCGUUCGAUUUUAGAUAUGUAUAGAGUGGGAGAUAAUAAAGAUUUGAGAUGGUUCAUGAUGUGUGAUGAUGACACUAUUCUCUUGGUGGAUAACUUAGUUGAGGUUCUACAGAAGUAUGAUCAUACAAACUACUUUUAUAUUGGGGAUAAUUCAGAAUGUGUAAAGUCCAAUGCUGAUUUCUCUUUUGACAUGGGAUUUGGUGGAGCUGGCUAUGCUUUGAGCUACCCAUUAGUGGAAGCGUUGUCAACCAAAUUAGAUGCUUGCAUUGAGAGAUAUCCACAGUUAUAUGUUAGUGAUCAUAUGGCACAAUCUUGUUUAGCUGAUAUUGGAGUCGCUUUAACCAUUGAAAAGGGAAUCCAUCAGAUAGAUUUGCACGAUGACAUAUCAGGUCUUUUAUCAGCUCACCCACAAUCUCCUCUUCUCAGUCUCCACCAUUUUGAUUUUAUAAAUCCAAUCUUUCCUUCCAUGGAUCGUUAUCAAGCUACAAAUCAUCUUAUGACAGCAGCAAAAUAUGAUCAAUCUCGCUUCCUGCAACAAACAAUCUGCUACCACAGGGAAAGGAACUGGUCUUUCUCAGUGUCAUGGGGUUAUUCUACUCACAUAUAUGAGAAGACAAUCCCCAGAAGUAUUCUACGUAAACCCCUCGAGACAUUUAAGCCUUGGCGUUGGAAUGGUAGUCCUCCAUUGUACAUGUUCAACACUCGUUGGGUAAACAACGAUCCAUGUGAUGCUCCUCAUGUAUUUUUCUUUCAAUCCAUAGAGUAUAAUGCUUCAGGGAAUCAACUUCUUACAACCUAUAUUCGAGCUUCACCUCGUAAUUUGCCACCUUGUUCAGUUGAUGGCAACCAUUCUGCGGAUUCCAUCUCUGAAAUUCUGGUGCUUUCUCCGGCCACAACCCGCAAGACUGCUGGUGUAAUAGAAUGCUGUGAUGUUGAGUACAAGGCUGAGAUGAAUAUUACAGAGAUUAAGAUCAGUGAACCACCACCGCCGGUGAUGCCCACCAGCACAGCACAGCUUCGGCGACCCUCCAGGCGGCCUCCAGCGGUGGCCAAAACCAUCGGAAGCGGCAACAAGGGAAGGAGAGGGAGAGGGAGAGAGAGAAAGAAAAAAAAAUGGGUCCCAAACUUUGAAUGCUCGCAUCCGACGAUCCCGAUGUCCGAUUGGAGUGAUUCCAAUGGCUAUGGACUCCUAAGAGAGAGCUCUUUUAGAUGA